UGCCCUAGGAACUUAAGUAAUGCAUUUAACAAGUUGUUUGCUGCUGCUCGUUUGGCUUGUGCCAUGGCUGGAAGCCUCCUACGAUGUGAUUUCGCCGACCCAGAAUAUAACGGCUUACCUACAUGCACGGCAGAAGCGGCAUCAGCUGCUGUACCAGAACGGAGGCAGUAUUCGCCUUGUGGUUGGACCCGUCAUGGCCGUUGAGCUACAAGAUCCUGUCGCUUGGCGCAGCAUGGUCAACUUUUAUGUGAUACACUUUGGGGCAUAUACAUUGCCCUCAGCGCCGCUUUACCCGUGGGAUAAAUGGGAGUCCGUAUUUGCCAGAUCGCUGAACGAUAAGAUUCGCCAGCUGGACGCAUCGCACGAGGAUGACACGCGCCUGUUUGCUUACACCGCGCUGGAGCAUUACAUGGACAAUGCGAGCGGAGUCCGGGGUCGCGGUCGCCAGUGCCUGCUGCGUGCAAUGUGUGAGAAUGCGCAAGUGCAUCAUCAUGUGGGCAUCAUGGCCGAGCUGCUCAAUGUGCUACUCACACCUGGAAAGGCGCGACUCGAGGAGGCCUAUAAGGAAGCCUACGCUGCGGGCCUAGCAGGUGUGGAUUGCUGUGAGCAGUUCCAUGAGUGUCCCAGAGGUGCGAGUGCUCUGGAUGCUUUUACUUUGGAUGUGAACAACUAAAAUGGCAGCUUCAAUUUGGCAAGGCGGGCUGAGCCAAUGGGCAAUUGCAUAUAAUCAACUAUUUGAUUAAAAGUUAAUCUUAAAAAAUGUCUAAAAAUGGUGUUGAAAGAAAAUACCGUUAAGCCGCGUCAAAUGUUCAACUGAUUUAAGUGCCUGCACGUGCCACGCCUUUCCUUUAAAUGUUGCCGUUCUUCGAAAAAAACCCGUAA